UUUUUCAAUUUUUGACCAAUUCUUAAAUGUUAUGGGCCACCCUGUAAUUCAACGCCCCAUGAAGAUCAACAAAUGAGACAGAAUUGCGGUUUGGCAACAUGUCCCUACUCCAAUGUGCUAAUUUGACGGAUUAUUUGAAGACUUUGGGGCCCUCUCAGUUAGAGAAUCUCUACGUCCAUCCAGCCACAGCUCUAGCCGUUUUCAGAGAGCUUCCGUUGCUGGGUCAGCAUUACGUGCUCCGUUUGCUCCACGUGGAGCAGAGCGUGCCUAAAGCCGUGGUCUCAUCAUGGGUGUCAAGGGUGGAUCAGUACCGAAAAAUAGAAGUCCAAGCCAUGGAAGCCCUCACCAAUCUCCGCGUCUGGACGUCGGCCACCAAUCAGGCCGGGAUGGAAUCACUCACCCUGGACGACACCUUCAAGCAAAAUCUCAAAACUGCACUCAUGGGAGGAGGUUCACCGUGGACCACGUCGCGUUACUUGGACCUAGAUCCGAACCGCAGAGAUGCGGCCUACCUUGAUCAGUACUCCCAAGAGCGAUGGGACACCGUGUUACAUUACAUGGUGGGCUCUUCUCAACAAGAGGGUAUUUCCGCCGAUGCAGUCCGAAUCCUGCUCAGCUCAGGCUUGAUGGUGGUGACUCCGGGCACGACUGAGCCUACCAUCACGCGGUCCGGCUUUCAGUUCCUCUUGAUGGACACACCAUCCCAGGUGUGGUUCUUCAUCCUACAGUAUUUGGACUCGGUAAAAUCGCGGAAUCUGAAUCUCACCGAAUGUCUCAAUUUCUUGUUCCAACUCUCUUUCUCGGAACUCGGCAAGGACUACAGCACAAGCGGCUUGAGUCAUGGCCUUUUGGUUUUCCUUCAACAUUUACGGGAAUUUGGAUUAGUUUAUCAACGAAAACGAAGUGCCGGUCGCUUUUACCCCACAAGAUUGGCCUUGAACAUUGCAUCUGGAGAGAACAAAAGCCUUUUGGAACGGCACAGAGAGGGCUACAUUGUGGUUGAAACCAAUUACAGGAUAUACGCCUAUUCCAAUUCCAAUUUACAAGUAGCUCUCAUCGGAUUGUUCGCCGAAGUGCUUUACCGGUUCCCCAAUUUAGCCGUGGCAGUUGUCACGCGAGAUUCCAUCCGCCAAGCUCUCCGUGGAGGCAUCAAGGCAUCGCAAAUCGUGCGAUUCCUCCAAAUGCACGCCCAUCCCCGCCAGCAAGAGCAAUCGCAGAAAAAGAAGCGCGACGAGAAGCUCAGUAACGAGAGAGCCAAAGAUGUCAUUCCAGGUACCGUGGUGGACCAAAUCUACUUAUGGGAGAAAGAACGCGAUAGGUUUACGUUUGAGGAGGGCGUGUUGUACAAUCAGUUCCUAUCCCAAGGAGACUAUGAAACGGUCAAAAAUUAUGCGGACAGUCAGGGUGUUCUCAAUUGGUCGAAUGAUCAAAACCGCACUAUAAUUGUGUCGCGUGCGGGUCAUGAUGACGUUAGAAAGUUCUGGCGGCGGCAUUCACGGGGAGGAAACUGACAAACUAAUGUUGUCAAUAAACAAAAUUCAUGCUAUAACCAA